CCGCCCGCGCGCUACGAGAACCCCUGGACCGUGCCCAACGUGCUGUCCAUGGCGCGCAUGGGGCUGGCGCCCGUGCUGGGCUACCUCAUCGUGGAGGAGAGCUUCGACGUGGCGCUCGGCGUGUUCGCCUUGGCCGGCGUCACCGACCUGCUGGAUGGAUUCAUUGCCCGGAACUGGGCUAACCAGAAAUCCGCCUUGGGAAGUGCCCUCGAUCCGCUGGCUGACAAAAUUCUCAUCAGCGUGCUCUACGUGAGCCUCACGUGUGCAAAUCUUAUCCCAGUUUCACUCACUUCUAUGAUUAUUCUGAGGGAUGUAGCGCUCAUUGCUGCCGUUUUUUAUGUGCGAUACAAAACUCUUUCUCCACCGAGAACAUUCAGCAGGUAUUUUAACCCCUGUUACGCUACUGCCCAAUUAAAACCAACAUUCAUUAGCAAGAUGAACACUGCGGUUCAGCUAAUUUUGGUGGCAGCUUCUUUAGCAGCUCCUGUUUUCAAUUAUGUGGACAGCAUAUAUCUGCAGACAUUAUGGUGCAUCACAGCUUUCACAACGAUGUCAUCUGCGUAUAGCUACUACCACUAUGGCCGAAAAACAGUUCAGGUGAUAAAUAACAAAUGAAAGGACUGGGCCUGGGCAGCACGGUUUGCUGUACUGCAGAAGAUGGUUGCAAUCACUGGGCUUUUCAUAAAGGACUCUGUUUUUUCUGCUUGAACCAUGGCAUCGUCACAAUGAAAUGAAGUCGGAAUAUGUACUGUGUAUAUAGAGAGAGACUUUUCAAUGUAUUUUUAAUUUGUUUAAAAGUAAGAUUGUUUACAAGAACAAAUAAAUAAUAUCCUUAAAGACGGGUUACUGGUUGCUACCAUGCGCAUUUUCAGUAAUUUUUACUUUUUCCAGACGUUAGAAAUAGGCACUUUUCACCAGCUUUCUUGGCAGGGCGCUGAACAGACUGAGAUCAGAGUAGAAAAAGCAUUUUUAACAAAAAUUCUGCUUUUGUGCCUCAGCCUAAGGCUGCAAGUGGCAUUGCUCGUUAGGACCCACGACUUACACCAGCUUGCUGCAGAAGGAGACACCACAAAGAAAUAGUAUCUUCAGAAAUUGGAACUGGAAUGAUGGCAAGUUACAACAUUUAUGUGAAUUAUGUGUUGCCUUCCCCUCCCUUUUUUUUUUCUUCUCUUUUUUAAUAAGACCAUCCAAACUCAUCUAAAAACUCAUCAAAAAAAAGAGUUUUGAUCCUCAGAAUGGCUAGUGUGUGCCACGAUGAAUCUGUACCAAAGUUAGAUAUGCAGGUAUUGUUCCCCUUGUAAUUUCUAGUGAGAAAGUUGCAAAUAAUUUCUAGUGAUUAAAAAACCAACUGUAUUUCCAGUUCCUUUAAAGCUUCUAAAGGUGCUAUUUGAUGCCAGUGGAGAAAAAAGAAGACAUUUUAAAUAUUGUCCAAAUGCAUGGAAAGGGUGGAAGAAGAUUAGAUGGAAGAAAAUUGGAAGGGUGCCCUGUUAAUAUUUGCUGUAGUCCUGGUUUCCAGAGCUGUUCUGUGACCCCAGUCUGACAGUGGCAGCUCACGCAUCCUUCGCCUGUUCCCUCUUCCCAGGAAGGUAUGGAAUAAAGGACAAGGCAGAACGGAUCAUGUUGAUUACGCUAAUUCAUUUCAUAAUUUAGAGCUACGUGUGAUGACGUAGAAAAGAGAGCAACUAGGAAGGGCUUAAAUAAUUGCAAUAGGGUCGUAAAAUUUACUGCUGUAUUAGCAGAAGAAAAUUUACUGUAGACGUCUCUUUUGAGAGCACAGU